UGCCGUUGCCAUGGCGAGCGAGAAGGGUUCGUCCGCUCUGUCAUAUUGGACCCAAGGAGUCCGGUCUCUGGGGAGCUUGGUCAAGGACAAGACUACGGCGACAGUGCGCAUGGUGAGCGGCACGACCAUCCCCCUUGAAGCAGAACACCGAAAAGGAGAGAGUUUCCUUCGCACGACCACGGACAUCCGCGACGUUGUCGAUCGAGGUGAUAUUCUCACUCUUCCAAACGGACGCAGCUUCAUCGUAAGCCCAAAUCCGCACGAUAUGUUCACGGCGACGGUCGUGUCGCUCAAGACGCCGCGUGGCGUGAAUGCUGGCGUGAACGACACGGACACAUGCACGAUGACCUCAGUCAAGCGGAACACUCCUUUGAAUAUGCCCAGGGUAUCCGUACCGACGAGUAUGGACGAUGUAUACAGCGCCGCGGGGUCUGUUGGAAAGGGUAUCGUUGGAAUGGUCGGUCUCGGGGUCCAGGCGGCAUCGGACCUCGCUGCCUCUGCCAAAUCGUACGAAGAACGCGUGCGUGUGUACGAAACACCGAUCGGAACGUUAGUUCAAGAGGCAAAGAAGGGGGCGAAAGAACUUCGAUUGACGGAGGCAGCAGUCACAGGAACAUUGGAAGAAGUGUUAUACGGGCUCCACGAGGUUCCCGGCUGCGUUGUGACGCUGCACCACGACUCGAGCUACGCAGAAACGUCCACGUCGUUGGUGGACGUUCUCAAUCGAGGCGAUGCCAUCAUGAUUGACGGCGAAGCGUUUAAAGUGUCGAACAAUCCAGCCAAGCGAUUCCAUGCGACUCAACUACCGCUGAACCACCCUCGGACCAAGACAAGCUCGGCCGAAGCGCGCCCCAUCUACCGCGCCAAUGACACGGAAGUCUGCAUUCGAGUCCCCAACUGCAUGGUGUCGCUGGACCAGCACACGACGCAGGUCAAGUUCCUCAUGACCUCGCCCACGUUGCCGCCUGGCACAGACGUGAUCAUCGGUGGAGAGCGCUACCAGAUCGCUCACAGUCCAUCGGUGGUCUCGCCAUCUCGCCAAGGCGACUCGGUUGAGAACGUCCCGAUAUAUGUUCCCCAGACGCCGGUCGUUGUGGACGAAUGCCUGGUGACCCUCAAGAACGGCGACGCUGUAGUGGACACGUCCAAGAGUUUGCUGGCGCUGGUCAGUCGCGGCGACUUUGUGAAAAUCGACUCGACCGUGCAUCAAAUCUCGAGCAAUCCACUCAAACGCCUGACAGCGUCAAGUUUGCCGCUCGACAAAGCCAACACUGGCCCCGACGUCGUCAACGGGCGCAUCUCACUGUACCAAGAUGGAGCGCGGAUUCUCAAAGCAGGCGACACCAUCAAACUCGGAUCGCAAACAUACGCUAUCUCAGACGACCACGACGCUGAAAACAACCGAGUGCUGCCGCUUGCGUCCAAGCUGGAACAAGACUGUCCUGCCGGGACUGUCGUUUUCUACGUUGGAAAUCGAUACGUCAAGGCGACAGAAAAGGCGGCGGCCGCUGCGCAUCGAGCCGGAGCGUACAAGGUUCCCGUCGGCCGCUUCGUCUGCCUCGUGAAAGGAUCAAACGUGUUGUUCACAGACGGAGAUCUGCGCGGUCAGCUGAAGAAAGGCGACCAGAUCGUUGUUGCGAAUCAGUCGUUCGUUGUGAGUCCAAACCCAACGGAUUUGUACGCGCGCGACUGCAUCGCCCUCGAUCGACGAUACGAAGGACCAUCUCUUCGCUUGGCCGACACGGAUCUUGGUCACGUGGUCGCUUUCGAGCGAGGGUCGACCGAGUGCAAAGUGGACCGAGACAUGACGGAUAAAGUGCACCGUGGCGAUGUGUUGGUCAUUUGCGGCGAAGAAUACAUGCUGGCAGACGUGUCGCCGUUCUCUUUGAAGACGACGGCAGCGCGUGCGAAGGAGUCUGCAUACGCGACGCCGACGGUCGUUCCCGACUGUUUGGUGUCGCUGGCACAAGGUAGCAAGUAUGCCGAGACAUCGUCGAAUGUGUCGCACCGCAUCAAGCGCGGAGAUCGCGUCGUCAUUGGGAACGAGAUCUACCGCGUGUCGACGAAUGUGUUUUACCGGUUCACGGCCGACCACGUACCGUUGGACACGGAGCGCGUUGGCGAGAGCGUCGAAAUGGACGACCUUCAGGUGGCGGCCUACGACGGUGACCGCUCGAUCCGCUCUGCCUCAUUGGAUUUUUCGAUUUACAAACUCGGCGACCGCGUCGCCGAUAUCAAAGACGACCUUCAGAAGCGAGAUUUAUUGACAAAGACUCAAAAAACGACCGACGCGAUCGGAGAAAAGAUGCGGCCGGGAGCGGAAAAGGUCGUGGCGUCGGCCGCAAUGGCGUCCGAAAAGAUCAAAGAUGCGGCCGGCAUGGCGUAUGCCAAGGCUUUUGGUGCGACUGUGCUCAAGUAACUAGACAACGAGUCCCACGACCGCGGUGUGGGGCGCGCUGCUGACCUCCUUGCGCUUCUUGGGACGUGGGCCAGGCUUGUUUUUGCCCGUCCUAGGUCGUAUAUCGUGAUGAAAACGUAUUGCGCUGGCACAGUCGUACCCA